AUGUCACCAUCUGAAAUUGAUGAACUGUCUGACGACGAUGAAGAAACUGAAAUGAGCAUGGAUGAGAUCAGUGAAAUCUUCGAAGCUAUCAUAACACAAGUUGCUGCCGCAGAUCUCGUGGAAGGGUUUGGGAAUGGUGUUGAAAAGAUUCUUUCGCUAUGCAAUCUACCCUCUCUUGUAGCAGAUAUGGCUGCGAGCACAUUAUCCACUACUGUCGGUAGUAUUGUCAAGUUCGUUUUGGGUAAAUUUCGCAAUUGGGUCUGGGAUGCUUGGCUGACUGAUACUAGUAAGAGGCUACAUCUAGGAUUCCUCAAGGUUAGUGUGAUUCUCAUUAGCAGAGUGUAUAGUUGCUAUGUAAUUGAUGCUAGUUUUGAUUCAGAAAUAAUUGCUGCACACUACAUAUUCAAUCUGACAGUGUCUUUCUAG